UAGGCACCUGCUUUCACGUUGGAUAGAUUCCUCAUCAUCAAGCAGAUCUGCGCACGGAAGAGCUUUGGAUCGUCGCAGUUGGCGAUCGUCGGGACUUGUUUCGGGGUGUAGCUUUAUAACAAUGGCGUAGCAACAUCGUAUCCGUUACCUGAGCAAGGUGACCGCUCCUUUUGAACCCACUGCAAGGUCGGGGAGGCCGUCACCGCUGAGGUCCGCAGAGGACUGGCUGAUGGACGUGCCGAAGAACCGGAGUCGUGAUGGGAAUUCUGAGCCAGCGAUCCUCUGCAAGAGCGGAUAGCUGUCGGGGUCGAUGUCCAUGGGCAAAUAUGAACUUCCUCCCCGGCCGACGUACGUUUGGAAGCCCCCCCUCCAUUCGUUUGCGCCGAUGGACGUUAUCUGGACUCCCUGAAACGAUGGCAGAAACUUCUGGAAAACCCUUCGCGAGCUGCCGCCGCAGCGCUCCAGCCCGAUACGCGCUGAAUGUCACGAGCCGUCUCCGGUUGCGUCCUGUUCUUUUUAUAGACGGGCAGCUGAAAUGUGAAGGGUCACAGCGGGAGGAUAAAGGCGCGGGCCAGCCGGCCCGGAGGGUGUCGCAGACGAAGGCCGCUUCUCCACCUCCCUCUCUCUUCUCCCAGCUCUCCUUCCGAUCUCAAAGAGUCAAGAUGCCUCACGCGUAUCCCUUCCUCACCCCUGAGCAGAAGAAGGAGCUCAGCGAUAUCGCUCACAAGAUCGUCGCCCCCGGCAAGGGAAUCCUAGCCGCAGAUGAGUCUACCGGCAGCGUGGCCAAGCGCUUCCAGAGCAUCAACGCCGAGAACACCGAGGAGAACAGGAGGCUGUACCGCCAGCUCCUCUUCACCGCCGACGAGCGCGCCACCCCCUGCAUCGGCGGCGUCAUCCUCUUCCACGAGACCAUGUACCAGAAGACCGACGGCGGCAAACCCUUCCCCGAGCACCUCAAGGGGAGAGGCAUGGUGGUGGGCAUCAAGGUGGACAAAGGCGUCGUCCCCCUCGCCGGAACCAACGGCGAGACCACCACUCAGGGUCUGGAUGGACUGUACGAGCGCUGCGCCCAGUACAAGAAGGACGGUGCCGACUUUGCCAAAUGGCGUUGCGUGCUGAAGAUCACCCCCACCACUCCCUCAAGACUGGCCAUCAUUGAGAACGCCAACGUCCUGGCCCGCUAUGCCAGCAUCUGCCAGAUGCACGGCAUCGUGCCCAUCGUGGAGCCCGAGAUCCUCCCCGAUGGCGACCACGACCUGAAACGCUGCCAGUACGUCACCGAGAAGGUCCUGGCCGCCGUUUACAAGGCUCUGUCCGACCACCACGUCUACCUGGAGGGCACCCUGCUCAAGCCCAACAUGGUUACCGCCGGCCACUCCUGCUCCAUGAAGUACAGCAACCAGGAGAUCGCCAUGGCGACCGUUACCGCCCUCCGCCGCACCGUGCCCCCUGCGGUCCCUGGCAUCACCUUCCUGUCCGGCGGUCAGAGUGAGGAGGAGGCUUCCGUGAACCUGAACGCCAUGAACCAGUGCCCCCUGCACAGGCCCUGGGCCUUGACCUUCUCGUACGGACGGGCCCUGCAGGCGUCCGCCCUCAAGGCCUGGGGUGGCAAGAAGGAGAACGGAAAGGCGUGCCAGGAGGAGUUUAUCAAGAGAGCUCUGGCCAACAGCCAGGCAUGCCAGGGAAAAUACGCUUCCACCGGAAGCAGCGCCGCCGGCGGAGAGUCUCUGUUUGUGGCCAAUCACGCUUACUAAAUAAAGCACACGGCAACGUCCACGCCCUCACACGUAGGCCGCGACCCUGCCCGUCGCCUCUCGGUCAGACGUGAAAGUGGGGAAAUCUCCUCUCGGUUGGCGCCGCUGGGAAGAUUUUCCUGCGUUCCCUUUGACCUUACGCAGAUUCACACCUUUUCUCAGGUGAAUAUUCCCACUUUGUUUUUACACAAGUUGUAUGACUUUUCAUUGGAUUUAUACCGAGUCAAUGAAAUAAAGCGUUUACCCUUCUAGGCGGUUUGACUUCUUUU